UGUUGACACUGUUGACAACAUGGACUCCGCAUUCGCAGGCAAAUGGACCCUCGAUGCCAAGGCACUGGACACGGAUAUCCAAAACAUCAAGGUGGCCUUGGCGGAAUUGGACUCGUUGAAGCCUCGCAAGCAAGCGUACCUGCAGCGAGGCAACUUGUUCUUCCUGACAAAACCAGAAGUGGCCACACGCGCUAAAGAAGCUGAACUCGAGGCUAAACAAGCCCGACGCCAUGAUGUUGGCCUCAAGCGUACCCAGUUGUAAGCACGAUAUACUUCUGCGCGUUGCUGUCAGAUUUGCACAACUGCGUCAAUGAAUCACCCAAGCACUCAAAUGUUGUGUGGAAAGCAGCUAAGCCCCAACCGAUCGAAGUCAUGACGAAGCUCAGCACGAUCAAUAAUACAUUCAUUGAGGCGAAUUCAAUCUGGAUUGGGC